UUUCAGGGCCGGUUUCAGCUGGAGUGUUGCCUUGGAGACGACAAACCUAUAAAUACAGUUCCUACCACGAAGCCGGCCUCUGACUCAGUCCCAGCUAGGAAGGCGAAUAGUACGGUGUGAAGACACGCGCGGUUAGCUGGUCAGGGCGGCACAAUACAUUUUAUUUCCAGGUUCCCCGUCUAAUGGACACACUCUUUGUAAAUGCUUUUUAAGAACACACGCUUGAGGAAAGCGCAAACUGGCUUCUCUGUGGGCCCAGGCCUCGAGUCUUAUCUGAAGGGUUUCAACUUCACCGGCGAACCGCCUUGGCUGCUCUGCACCUGAUUACGUUUGCAUAACUCCAGCUCUUUCUCAUUCGCAUACUUUUGAAACCAGUUUCUUAAAAAGAAAUAAAAGGACCUGCGAGACCAUGAGCUCUUACACUCCAGCGGACUUUGACUUCACUUUCCUGGAGGAGGGGUUCUGUGCCCGUGACUGCGUUGAGCAGAGGAUCAACGAGUCGUCCAUGUCGGACGACAAAGACGCCUUCUACGUGGCGGACUUGGGGGACGUCCUGAAGAAGCACCUGAGGUGGAUGCGUGCCCUGCCCCGUGUCACACCCUUCUACGCCGUCAAGUGCAACGACAGCCGCGCCGUUGUCAUGACGCUCGCCUCCCUGGGGACGGGGUUCGACUGCGCCAGCAAGAAUGAGAUCCAGCUGGUGCAGUCUCUCGGGGUGGACCCCAGCAGGAUCAUCUACGCCAACCCCUGCAAGCAGGUGUCCCAGAUCAAGUACGCCUCUGCCCACGGGGUCCAGAUGAUGACCUUCGACAGCGAGGUGGAGCUCAUGAAGGUCGCCCGUUGCCAUGAAAACGCCAAGCUGGUGCUCCGCAUCGCCACGGACGACUCCAAGGCGGUGUGCCGGCUGAGCGUGAAGUUUGGGGCGACACUGAAGAGCAGCCGGCUGCUCCUGGAGCGCGCGCGGGAGCUGGGCCUCGACAUCAUCGGGGUCAGCUUCCACGUGGGCAGCGGCUGCACCGACCCCGAGACCUACAGCCAGGCCAUCUCAGACGCCCGCUGCGUCUUCGACAUGGGAGCGGAGCUGGGCUACAACAUGACCCUCCUGGACAUUGGCGGGGGAUUCCCUGGGUCCGACGACUCCAAGCUGAAGUUUGAGGAGAUCACGGCCGUCAUAAACCCAGCGCUGGACAAGUACUUUCCGGCCGACUCUGGGGUCAGAGUGAUCGCCGAACCAGGCCGCUACUACGUGUGUUCGGCCUACAUGCUGGCGGUCAACAUCAUCGCCAAGAAGGUGGUGAUGAAGGAGCAAUCGGCCUCUGAUGAUGAAGACGAUGGGGCCAACGACAGGACCCUGAUGUACUAUGUGAAUGACGGGGUCUACGGCUCCUUCAACUGCAUCCUGUAUGACCACGCCCAUGUCCUGCCAACUCUGCACAAGAAACCCAAGCCGGACGAGCGCACCCACCCCUGCAGCAUCUGGGGUCCCACCUGCGACGGGCUGGACCGCAUCGUGGAGCAGUGCAUCCUGCCGGACCUGCCGCUCGGCGAGUGGCUGCUCUUUGAGAACAUGGGGGCCUACACCGUCGCCGCGUCCUCCACCUUCAACGGCUUCCAGAAGCCCGACAUCCACUACGUGAUGUCCCGGAGCGCCUGGCAACGCAUUCAGCAGAUCUCCACUCAGGGGCUGCAUGGCCCCAUUGAAGAGGCCUGUCCCAGCGACCUGCCGUCCUGCUGCAGGAAGGAGAGCAGCCUGGAGCUGCCGGCCAAGCCCUGCCCCGCCCACGUGCUGUAACCACUCCCAUAAUGCACAGCGCGCAGCACGCCACAUUUCAGUUUUUGGGUGUGUGGGCGGGGAACUCACUUCUUGUUCUUUCCUGUUUCAAGAAACCGGUUACUUGACAAGAAAGGGGAAGAGGCAAGAGUGUGUACGAUCAUCCUUUCGAAAGGAUGUAGCGUGUGAAUCUUCUCUUUCUGAUUAAUUGGGGGAACUAUUAUUAUUAUUAUUAUUAUUUUUUAUUUUUUAUUAUAUUUCUUUGAGAACCUUAUUUUAAACAGACACAGGUGUUGGCGUGUCCUAAGCACACACAUGCGUGCUUUCUGGUAGCGGAAUAAAAAUGUUGAGCAGUAGAACCAAAUGCUUGUAGGCCCCCAAAGACGUUCGGCCUGAGAAUCCAUACUUUCGCCGUACAAAUUGCAUUCCGCGUCUCUGUGUGAAAGACUGAGAUUUUUACCCCUGAAAGAGGGGCUUUUGCCCCCCUUGCAACCUCUGACAUUUCAUGGAGAUGGGUGACACACUGUUGUGUGCAGGGGUGCCUUGGUUAGUUUGCUUUGCUAAACAUUGCUAAGCUCAAAAUUGCCUGGACACCCAUUGGGUAACCCCCCCCCCCCUCCUCCACACCUUGUUGCAAGGUUUGGCAGAUGUAGGGAAACCUACCCCCCCCCCCCCCCCCCCCUUUCAGGGUCUGGCUGCUACAGACUUAUUUAAUAUUUAAUUUUGCUCAUCUUUCAUACAGAAAUGCUUUUUCAGGGGACAUGCAAACUUGCCUUUCUGCUCAAACCCUCCCACCACUUGAAGGUUUUUUUUAAAAUAUUAAUAUUAAAUAAUGAUAAAGAAAAAAAAAAUACAAAUGAUGUAUUGAAAGCAGAUGAGAGAUGGAAUUGCACAUUUCAUUUCCAUUUCCUAUGGAAGCUUUUUUUUU